AUGGACAAAACUGGCAAGAAGGAACUAUCAAAGGCCAUAACACUCAAUCCUCACCAGUUACACAAUUUGAUCAUUGAGCGCUCAACUCCAUUUGCUAUUGCUUUUUUUUCGAGAACAGAAUUCUCGACCUCCGACAUUGAAAACCGCGUUCUCGCGGUAAAAACGUUGGGUGUUGAAAGAAGCAUGUUUGCUACGAGUAAACGCGAGCGAUGGCGACAACAAAACGUGAACAUGGCAUUCUUAGAAUUGAGGAAAAUCCUUCCCACGUAUCCGCCAGACAAAAAGCUCUCUAAGGUCGAUAUUUUGCGACGUAGCAUCAAGUACAUACGGUUUCUGGACAGCGUUUUAAAAGAGAUGGACAAAUUAGAGAAAAAUGAGGAAGACAGGUUUACCGGUGAAGUUAUGAAUUUAACGGCAUCUAGUGGAAACGAGGCGUCGUUCUCAACAAGUUUUUCUUGUUGUCAUUUCAAGGAAUAA